AUGCGUCUUGUAGACUUGACUCUCAUUCUUGCUAUCAUAUCAGCAACGCAUGCGUACUUUUAUUUCGAGUAAGUUCUGCCUUCUUGAAUUCUAUUUUUUGAUCAAAUUAAAUAUAAUUUAUCUAUGACAUUUCAGCUACCCGCUGUGCCGCACAUGCAAUAUUACAGUGGGAAAUUUCGGAUCGGUGAGUUUUUUGUCAUCAUUGCUGCUCUGCUUUUGAUUGGCACUAUAUUUUUCCAAAAAAGUAAGCAUUUGUAGGACCUCGAAUCAUUCUUUUCAAUUAGCAAUUCCCUGAUGCGAAGAGUGUGUCAACUGAAAGAAUCUACGGUAGAUACUUGCAUGUCGACAUUGGAGAUUGUGAAGAACAUCUUAGAUGAGCUAAACGACGAGCUUUUUCUAGAAGCGUCUCCAUCAGCAAAGACGCUUGCCUGCUCUCACCUCUUUACAAUCUGCCCUGAUAAGUGAGUAUGCCUGUAAUCUUUGUUGAUUUUAACCAAAGAUAAUGUGUCUGUUUUCAAGCAUGAACGUCAAACAAAAACAAUUGUGUACAUAUAUAUUUACUGUUAACAUGAAAAGUAUGUAAGUGUUUCAGGAAAAUGGAUGGAAGUGAGUUGGAUUCUGAUAAAUGGAGCUGCUCCUCCUGUACCAAAUUGCUUGACGCUGUAUUCACUGUAAGAAUCGAUUUUUAUUUGAUAAGAUUCAAUCGCGAUCCUCGCCUUAAAUUAUUUCAAUACAAAUUUCGAGUAUUUUCAGGUGCUUUCAAAAUCUGUGAAUAAGGUCAACGAUUUUAUUCUCGCCGUUUUUUGUUCAUCUGGUGAUGAAGAUUGCGUGACCGACUUCAAAACAGCUUUCAAAACAACUGGAGCUGUAGGGCGUCUUUUGAGUGAAAAGGUAAUCUUUUUUUACUAAGUAUUCCUCAAGUUUGGUUUUUUUAUGUUAUAAAAAAAUGAAAUUAGCGAAUUCUCAUAAUUAUACAAAAUUGCUUAAAAAAACAUCAAGAAAUCUCAACCUUUUGCAGGAGUCGACCACAAGUAUUUGCCAAAAAAACUCUGAAGUGUAUCAAUUAAUGAUGCGCCCUUCUCUUCAGUCGUUGCUGAAAUAUAA